AACUAGAGAGUGAUUGUUAUACACAAGCAGCCAUGUCAUCAUACUCCUCAUCAUCCGCUUCAUCAAACUCUCCCUGCGCUGCAUGCAAGUUCCUGAGGAGAAAAUGCAUGCAAGGUUGCAUCUUCGCCCCUUACUUCCCACCAGAAGAACCUCAAAAGUUCUUCAACGUUCACAAAAUCUUCGGAGCCAGCAAUGUAACCAAGCUCCUCAACGAGCUUCUUCCCCACCAAAGAGAAGAUGCAGUGAACUCACUUGCUUAUGAAGCUGAUGCACGCAUGAAGGACCCUGUAUACGGCUGUGUUGGUGCCAUCUCCGUCCUCCAGCAACAAGUGCAGCUUCUUCAGAAGGAGCUUGAUGCAGCAAAUGCCAACCUGUUGAAGUAUGCAUGUAGCUACUGCCAUCCUUCAGCACAUGCUGGACAUCAACAGGUUCUGCUUCCCUACCAUUCUUCUCUUCAAUGGAGUAAUAAUUCAGAUAAUGAGCAGAUGAGGGAGAAGGGUGGUUAUGUUUAUGGGGAUGUGGAUGGGAGUUAGGGGAGUGGGGAGAUUAUGUUCUUUAAUUAAUAUGUGGGGUUUUAUUGUAUGGUUUGUUUGGAUAUGUAUUGAUCGUGCAUGGCAUUGAUUGCUGUGUUUCUGUUGUCAGAGAUUUAUGUACUUUAUUGGUAGUGUAAUGCCUUUGCACAAUGAGGUUUUGUUA